AUGACCGCCGUAUCUCACCUUGUGAAGAUCCCACUGCUUCUCUCUGCGGCUUAUUUUGCCGCAGUGUGCGGAAAGCCUCCCCAUGGUGUCCCACAGGAACAUGAAGAAGAGAAGUUUGCUGGCCACGAGUCAAAGCAAUUCAGAGAAAUAUUCAGGUGGUUGCCGCCGCUCCUGAUCAUGCCCUCAAUGUGGUUGACCUUCUUGUGUGAGACUGUCGCAAUAUUGUCACACUACUCCGUCGGGAGCCUGGCACAUCUCCCAGGUGUUACUAUCCGUCCAAGUCCAGUUACAGCCCAGGCUGGCAUGCUUGAAGUUCACCUCACGACUGCAUUCGUAGUAGGCUGGAUCCUCCUUGCUGCAGGCUCCAACCUCCGCCUCAUUUGCUAUCGCCAUCUCGGCCGCCAUUUCACCUUUGAGCUCGCCCUGCGCAAAGAUCACAAGCUCAUCACGACAGGGCCCUACACCGUCGUUCGCCAUCCUGCCUACACAGGCAGCGUCAUGGCUCUUAGCGGUAUUGCCUUAAUACAGCUUGCGCCCGGCUCUUUCUGGGCAGAGGGCCUGCAGCUGUGGUCCACGCUCGGCGGCAUGGCCGUGGCAUUCGCUUGGCUGGCUAUUCUUCUCAUCAUGCCACUAGGAAUCAUAGCGAGAACGAGCGCAGAGGAUGAUGUUCUCAGGGAUACAUUCCAGGAGCAAUGGGCUGAGUGGGCUCGAAAGACACCGUAUAAAUUAGUCCCGGGACUCUUCUGA